UGGUAAAUAAUGUAAUAAUUCAGUUUCAUAGUUUUUAUUACUUUAUAACGUUAAUCUUUAGAAUUUAAAGUGCACUCAUAUAUUUGUUUUUUAUUUAUUUGUUUGUUAUAUUUAAAAUAACAUUAUUAUUAGUUCAAGUACAAAUUCUUAUAAAUAGUUUAACCAAACAAUGAAUGAAAUAUGGAAUUUGAGUUCCAUUUGCCGUUGUUGCCAUUCGGAUGGAAUAUUCAAAAAUCUUGAUACUCCUUAUAUAGUAGAAAACAAUGUUGAAAUUUACUCUCAAAUGUUAGACGAAACUAUAGGCCUCCAUAUAUCAAUGCCAAGCAUCGAAGUAAGUAAAACUAUUUGUGAGAAAUGUAUACAGAAAAUACGAGAUGCAUUUUACUUCAAGAAGCAAGUAAUAACUUGUGAACAAAAGUUUGAGGAGUACUGGAAAAAUGAACAGGCCUUGGACCAAAAUAUGGAAAAUGUUAAAAUUGAAUGGGAGGCAGCGGAAUGUGUUAAUUAUGAUACUGGCCAAGAAUCCUCACAUGAGCACCAGGAGGAUAAUUUAUAUAAAAUGGAGAUAGGAAUAGAUGACAUAAAACGCGUAGAAAAAAAAUUACCUAAUUAUUUAAUAAAAGAUGAAACUGUGUCUGAACGCUCACAGAAGGAGACCGCCAGGAAAAAUAAUACCAAAGGCAAAAAAGCAAACAAAUCGAUGAAAUUUCCGAUACUCAAGAAGAAAGGAGGCGCUCGGAUAGCGGACACAAAUGGUGAACCAUGUACCCAUUUGUGUCCGCUCUGCCCGGCUACAUAUCACACCGCACUUGCUCUUAAGGCACACAUGAAGGAAAUGAAACAUAAUUUGAUUUAUAAAUGCGAGCAAUGCAAACAAAGGUUUACUACUAAUUUUCAACUCGACAGGCACAUGUUUUCAAUUCACGGUGAUAUCAGUCCGUUCAAAUGCAAGUACUGUCCGAAAAUGUUCUGUUUAGAGACCUCGCUGUUAGAACAUGAGAACCUUCACAAUGAACAGAAUCUCUACCAAUGCGAUGUUUGCAACACGAUGUUAAUGAGCAAAGGAACUCUGACGAGACAUAUGUUGCGGCAUUUAGGACGUCAGAGGAAGUAUGUGUGCGAAUUGUGCGGGGGGACGUUCAAUGAUCAAUGCAACUUGCGGAACCACGUACAAACCGUCCAUGAGAAGCUGAAACUUUAUAAAUGCCAGGUUUGUUCCAAGGCGUAUGCUGCGAACAAGACCUUGAAAAUCCAUAUGCGCCUCCACACCGGGGAAAGACCAUAUUCGUGUCAUAUUUGCUCCAAGGCAUUCACAUCAUUCUCUUCCUGCAAGUCCCAUAUGUUCUCGCAUGAUUCUAACCACAAAUACAAAUGCAAAGUCUGCUCAGAUACGUUUAAAACUCGGGGCGGUUUUGCCAAACAUACUAGAACGCACGUUGGCAUGAAACCAUUGAUCUGUGAUCUAUGCGGUCGAGACUUUACAUGCAAAUAUUCAUUGAAGAGACAUAUUUUCAAGCACACCGGGUUGAAGCCAUUCGCUUGCGACAAGUGCGAUGGUAGGUUUGUCCAGAAAUCUGCACUGCAUAGGCAUAAUAAGAGGCGACAUAGCGACACGGUCCGCCUCGCGACCGAUAAGAAACAAUGUAGUUUAUGUAAACGACUAGUUUACGAUUUGGAGAAACAUUUAGAAAUGCAUAACAAUAGGCCCUACAUAUGUGAAUACUGCAAUAAGACGUUUCCUGCCAGAAAUGUACUAAAUCGCCAUAUUUCGAGCAUACAUUUAAAUGUAAAGUCGUUCGAUUGCCAAUUUUGUGAUAGAAAAUAUAAACGGAUAAGUGCAUUGAGGUGUCAUAAUUUAAAAGCCCAUAAGAUGCCAUUAAAAACAGAAUUAGAACAGAAUAUGGACAGCGUGGUCACAAAAUAUACGAUUACUAAUAAAUAUAGAAAAAAGAAAAUUUGUCCAAAUAAUUUAACAGUGGAAUCAUCGUUGAUUGAACAGCUUGAUAAAAGUUAA